AUGGAAUCUGUGAAGACAGAGCUGGAUCUGUCAGUGAAAAGAUCAAAGGCAGUCAUCCCUGCACCCGAAGACUGCACACCAAACCUUCCAACCAGUUUAAGAUUAACUUCUUCUGUUCACAAGGCAAAGAUACCCAAGCCACAGGUUGAACCAAGCUAUCUUCUUCACUUCGGCCUCCAAAAUACCAACGACCUCAUCCAACACCUUGAGGAUCUUGGCCUAGACAGCGACAAUGAGCCUACACUGCAAACCGAGCCAGAGCAGUCCAGAUCAGAAUCAGAGAAUGAACUACCAUCACAAUUAUACCCAAGCCACAAUACCCUACCACCAGUCACACCGUCGCGUGCAAAAUCUCACUUUUCUCUCAACCGCUCUGUCACAUCGGUUGAGAGUUCGUCCGGCAUGGCUAUUCCCACCACCUUAAAGGCCAAGAAGAAGGCGGAGGCGGCGCGGAAACGCGAGAUGCGGGCCCAACUGGCCGAAUUUAAUCAAAGGAAGAUCAGCUUUGCCGAAGAGUUCCUCCAGCAUCUUGACCAUGCCUUCGAUAGCCAGAUUACUCGCAUGACCGAGGAAACUGGCGGCAUCAAGAUCAUCUGGACAAAGAAUUUCAGAAAUACCGCCGGUCGAGCAACCGUACGUUCAGAAAGAAUCCUUCGAGGAGAAGCCGGCGUAGAAGAACCCGGGAAACGACGCUACCUCGCCACCAUUGAGCUCUCCGAGAAAGUCUUGGACAGCGAAGAUAAGAUCCUCUGCACCAUGACACACGAAUACUGCCACCUCCUCGAUAUCAUGGUUACUGAGAACCGGGCCAAGGGUACUGCGCAGCAUGGCGCCAGUUUCAAGCAUUGGGGUGACCGAUGUGUGAACGCACUGAAAGGCCACCCUAUCUACGGGGGCCGGGUCGAGGUCACGACCAAGCAUACCUAUGAGAUCAACCAUAAAUACAUCUGGGCCUGCAAGGGGAAGGACUGUGAUUUCAAGGUCGGGCGACACUCAAAAAGUGUUGACCCAAAGCGUCAAUUCUGUGGCCGUUGCAGGGGCGUCCUCGAGCAGAUCAAGCCGGUGCCGAGGGCUGUGGUAUCCAGGGCUGUGGCACCGAGGAGGUCUGUCGUCAAGUCGAUGGUUGCAGGUGAGGAGAAGGAGAUUAUGAUCCUUGAUCCUUGA